CCGCGCGGGCGGGGCCGGGGCGAUGGGGAAUCUGUUCGGUCGCAAGCGGCAGACCCGCGUUACCGAGCAAGAUAAGGCUGUGCUGCAACUAAAACAGCAACGAGACAAAUUAAAGCAAUAUCAGAAAAAGAUUUCUCUACAGCUAGAACGAGAGAGGAUUUUUGCUCGUCAACUACUAAAAGAUGGCAAGAAAGAGAAAGCCAAGUUUCUGCUAAAGAAGAAGCGUUAUGAAGAGCAAUUGUUAGACAAAACUGAAAACCAAAUUAGCAAUUUAGAGCGCAUGGUCCACGAUAUUGAAUUCACACAGAUUGAGAUGAAAGUGAUUGAAGGUCUCAAAAUUGGCAAUGAAUGUUUAAAUAGAAUGCACCAAGUUAUGUCAAUAGAAGAGGUGGAAAGAAUCAUGGAUGAAACCCAGGAGGCUGUAGAGUACCAGAGGCAAAUAGAUGAGAUAUUGUCUGGAAGCUUCACUACAGAGGAUGAAGAUGCUAUUUUAGCUGAAUUAGAUGCCAUCACUCAGGAGCAGAUUGAUCUUCCAGAGGUUCCCUCAGAGCCUCUCCCAGAAAGGAUUUCAGAAAAAUCGCACAUCAGAGUCAAACCAAAGCCAGAAUUGAUUGCUGCAUCUUAACUCCACUACUACCUGCGGGGUAUCCCUGCAUUGAAUCUCGGAAUCCCAGCAUGCCUGGGGUAUAGGAGGCCUCCCUGCUGGCAUUACCCAGCCAUCCUGGAGCAGGUUUUCUGCACAGAAUGGAAGCUGUAACUGGUUAAUGUCCCCAUAUCAAGGUUAUUUUGUAGCGUGCACACUCCUCCUUUUUGUAACUUAAAUGGGAUUAAACGGUGACUCUUAAACCCUCCAAGCCAAAUGCUUUUUGCGACCAGAUUUCAGCUACAGACCUGCCUCAGAUGCCAGCGGAGCCUCCCUGUUUCUCUCGCUCUCUCGCUCUCUCAGUUCCUGAUACACGUUGGAGCAUGUUGUCACUGCUCGGCUACCCAGAGGAAAGAACUUCUGUGGAACUUCCUGGCCUUCCUCUGGACACAUUUCACUCUGGCUCUUCUGAAAGGCUGUUUUCUUUUGGCAAGGAUGGAAUCUCCGAACCUUGUUAAAUCUGUGGGUUUUGUGUGCCAAGAUUUGAGCGUCUCUUCCAUUAGUAGUCCCAGCUUCUUGUGUUAGGCUGCCAGUGGGGAUCCUAGAAGUUGAUUCCAUGUUCAGUAUGCUCUUGAGGUAAAUGCGCUCAUGUAGGCCUGGGUACUGGGGAAUAAUGCAAGGCUGAUAGGCUCAUUCAUUAGACGGAAGGAGUCUCGUUUCCUGCUGGGGGAGAAGUCUAAAUGGCUUGCUAAGGGUUUGUGCUUCAUAUGCUUCCCUGGCCGCCUGCUUUUGCCUCCAGAGUCUCGCAGCAUGAAAAGACUGAACAGAAGCUCAGCUUCUGAGAACUUCUCAAAAACAAAUGAGUUCAGUCAUAGCAGAGGGCUUUGUGAUGGCUCCUGCCCACCUUGGAUUCAUAGAUCUGGGCAGUGGGCAUACCUUUUGUUUUUAAUGACAGAGCCACUUCUCACCUUUAUUCGUGAGUUGGUAAGUGGGUUUAAGAGCAGACUGAAGCUGCCACCCUCCCAUGGUUCUCCUCUCACAGAAAAUCUGAAUGUCCCUUCAAUUUCCUGAAUAUAGGAUAUUGUUAACAGUAGUUAACACUUGAAGACUGGGCUGUGAGCUGAAUAGGGUUCCCUUGAGUGGACGGUUCAUAUAUCAAUAAUACCCCAUCAUGUUGUAUUGAUUUUGAAAGUAUUCCAUUUAGCUUGGGCUGGUGGUUAAACAACGGAGGGGACUUGAAAGUUGUUUUGCCUGUUACCAGGUUGGACAAGAUAAUGGCUGUAUUUGCAUUGUUCACCAGAGGGCAGUCUUACUCUAAACCCUGACUACGACUGUGAAGGAACAUUGAGUUGUGUGUCUUAAGCUCUGAAUUGCUCUAGGAGGGUUGCAUUUAUUUUUUGUUUCUUCAAGCAAAUGGCAAGGGAGCACCUGAAGGAAUACAAGGGCCUGCUCUGGUGGUGUCCUGGGUCUCAUACAGACGGGGUUUCUUAAAGGGCUUUAUUAGACACCCCCCCCCCACCCCCAGUUUAUCAUACAGCUCAGUGCCUGGGGAAAUAGAUGGAAGGAUGCUUCUUCUUUUUCCUUGCCAGUAAGAACAGAAACGAGAAGAACUAAUGAAAACUAAAUUUGCAAAGCCCAUGAAGAGAAAACACCACUGUGUGCCACGUGGCCUUAGAGAACAGGCUUGGACUUAGCUAAAUCGCUUUGUGAUUUCCUGAUCCAUACUCUUCUUGAUGACUCAGGUGGAAUUAAAAGUGUUGUUCAGCCUCCAGGAAAGUUCUGUCUUCUCCAUUUGCUGUCCAUGGCCAUAAUUUGGCUGAAUUCCUUUUGGGAGCUCCUUAAAACAGGGAAGGUAGAAGCAGGGUAGGUAGUGACAAGUUGGUAAUGCCUUCAUUCCCCUGAUGUCCUGUUGUGUACCUUGGUUAGGAGCCAAACUCAACAUUGGGGAUACCAUGACAUCCUAGUGUUUUUCUUCCAGCAGGAGACUGAGCUAAAAGGUGAAGAGAGAUUUGAAGUAUUUUACGCAGAAGGAAUGAAUGAAUGGCUCUCUAUAUUCUUAAGAAUGUGGGUCAGGGAUAGAGAUGUUAACAUAGCUUUGCUGCUUUUGGGUUAUGUUAGCAGGGUACCCAACUUUAAUAGCUUUCUUUAGAGGUCACACCCGAACUGCAAAUGUGGGCCAGAAAAAAAGUGCUCUCACUGUGCCAGUCUAUCACAUCAGCUUUGAAUAGGAUGUAGGCUAUGAUGUGGAGCUUCAUGAAGCUCAAAUGUGAACUCGGGCGCUGGGGUUUAUUAUGGCUUCUGGGGCAAUCUAGUGUUAGCAAAAUUACAUUUCAGAUUGAAAUAUGAAUUCAACCUGUGUCUUUCAGUGGGGAGGGGCAGGGUGUGUUGCUAAGAAGCUCCUUGUAUGCAUUGUACUUUAGCUUCCUGGAUUCAGACAUGCUCCUAUCCCUAGGAGUCAUGUUCCAGUUUAAUUCCCCCCAACAAAGAAACUUAAAGGCAUUUCCCACUUGGAAGGAGUUCAAACUGCAGCAGAGAUUGUGCAAUAGACAUAGCCCCCAAAUCUGUCCUUAUCUAGAAGGUGCCUUGCCUUGUCCUUGUCUUCAAGGACUUCCCUGCCUUUUAAACUCCAGGCGAGUUCAGCCUCCGUUGCUCAAAGCCUCACAAGUCUUUCUUUGGUGGAGCUAUUCCUAUUCUCCUGGGGGUUUGUGUAUAUGUGUUUGGGAGGGGGGUAGUGCUUGUAGAACUGCUGUACUUGUCUAGCCCUGAUGUGGUUUCUAUGCCAACUCAAUGCAAUCCUGGGAGGAGGAACAGAGGAAUUGAUUCAACAGUGAUCAGUUUAGCAAAACCAAAAGGUUUCCUACUCCAACUCUACAGAUAAUGUUCUAAUGUAUUCUAAUUCUCUGUAUUCUGAUUGCCUGAAGAAGAUUCAGGUUUUAUCAUAAAUGCUUGUUCAACCA